AUUAUUUCUGCUUAUUCAUUCAAAGAUAGCUAGCGAGUGCAACGAGUACUGUCGGGAGUGUAAAGAUAGAUUUCAUAAUGAGUUUCAAUAAAGAUGAAUUGGACCCCCCUAAAUGGGUGAACAGUGACUUUUUGCGAAGGGUUAUUGAAGAUAGUGGAAAAGGGAAAAAUGUUCAGAUUCGCAAUUAUGAAAGCACUCCUGCUACGGUACUUGGCGACCAUUUUGCCAGCAUAAUGUUUCGCAUUAAAGUUACUUUUGCUGCCGAUGGCAUUGCGAAUGGAGUUAUUUCGUUGAUUCUAAAAACUUGUCCAGAUGUUGAUGGAUUGAAGAAACAACUACUCGAUAGUUUUAAUGUUUUCGACUUGGAAAUAUAUAUGUACACAAAAGUACUGAAUGAAUGUAGAAUCAUUUUGGAAAAAUGUGGAUAUACGGAUCUGCUGGCGCCAAGAAUCAUAUAUUCUUCAUUGACUCCACAUAAAGCUAUCGUUUUUGAGGACCUUAACGAACUAGGAUACUUUAUGCUGCCAAAGAACGUCCCAGAUGAGUAUGAAACAAGACUUAUUUUUUCCAAACUGGCUCAAUUGCAUGCCGUUACGUUUAAAAUGAAAGCCGAUGGCCGAAAUGAUUUCAACUUCAAAGGGACCAUUUUUGGUUUGUCAGCCGGGAGACAAAUGCAAUUUUUCUGGACAGGACCAAAAUUCUUGGCGGAAGUGAUGGGGACUUUGCCUGGAUUCGAAUCCUAUGCAAACAAAUUACACAAAAUUACAGCAGAUUGGUUAAUGGAUAAAUGCAUAAAGGUUGUCAAUCUACCAGCAGCCUAUAGCGUCCUUAACCAUGGCGAUUUUCACGUGCGUAACAUGAUGUUCAAGAAGAACAUAUUCAACGCUGUUGCUGAAAUCGCCCUGGUGGACUUUCAAAUACCUCAUUGGGGAUCACCGGCCUAUGAUUUGGUUUAUAUGGCGGCACUCCUGCCAUAUGAAUUCCGUGAGAUUGCAUUCAGGCAUUAUUUCAACAUCUUUAUUGAUGUCCUGGUGAAAACUGGAUACGAGGGUGAAUUACCCACAUACGAACAAUUGCAACAAGAAAUUAAAGCUUACAGUUAUCUGGAAUUAUAUUUUCAAUCAACGUUGGCGAUAUUGGUAUAUAUGGAUAGAAGCAAGAUAGAUUGUCAAAUGGAAACGAUUAUGUCGGAUCCAGUUGUUUGGAGGAGCUUAUACAAUGGCGAGAAUUAUAUCGCUCAUAUUAAGGAAACUGUACCAAAGCUAUUGGAUACCAUUGAUAUUGAAUGAGAUAGUUAUAUAGGAAACUUUAACGCUGGCCGGGCGAUUUAGAAGUAGCUCCCUAGCAGUGUAUUUUGAUUGUAAUAUAUCACUUGAAUAUACAGGUGGAUCAGUUUUGUCGGACAUGUGGUGAAGGUGUUAGUGAAAGAAAUAAAUACGGCGAA